UCAAUUUAAACCAAUCUCUGCAAAUUCCUUGAACUUUAAUCUUCCGUUCCGUACCACUCAAUCUCAUCCAGUUGAUUAAUAAUUAAUCCAUAAUUUUCCUCUACUUAAUCCCUCAUUAAAACUAAACCAAACUCUUAUAAAACCUCGUUCUCUCACAUGACACAUCACAACUCAAAACUCCCGUCUUUUUAUAACCAACAAAUGCAACUGAAUUCUUGAACCCGACCCGAACUCCAAUGGAUCGGAACCAACCACAAGGCGAGUCUCCGACCAGAGACUCCAAAUCCUCAACUGUUCUCUCAAUAGAGUGCCUCAAAGGCAGCUCCAAGGCCGAGGAAUGGACCCGCGACAUGCUCCAGACCGGCGAUAUCGUCGAAGAGAUCCGAAUUGGAGGAGGCGGGUCGGGGCUCGGAACCAGAUCGUCGCGUUCGUACACGUCGCCGUUUAAGAACGGGAAGAGCGGAGUCCAGAAGAUUCUGCACAGCUCUUUUAAAGGUAAAGAGACUUCGAUUCUGGUGAAAGUGAGGCGCGGCAGCGACGAGUUCACUGAGUUACAAGCGUGUAUUGUGCCGGAGUCGGGCGGGAAGAAGAACCAGUACAUGUUGAGGUCCAUUGACGAUCCGAAUUACGCUGUCGGGUUCUGUGAUCGGACCGAGGCUGACUGCUUCGAGUUGCAAGCUUCAAGGGGCACCAGGGUUGUAAGUGCAUUAUCUAGGGCUCGGCUUCAAGAUGGAUAUGUCUCAUAUCCUUGGGAUAGGAGAAAGCAGGAGGUGCUUUCAGUUCCCAAUUCAAGCUGCUUUCUCUCUAUGCUCCUCCUUCCAAAGGCCUCAGAUGCAGUGGCUUCUCGGUACAAUGACGUGGAAGACACUCUUGCUCGGGCGAAUGCCUGGCUAAAUGCAUCUCAGGCCUCUGGUGUCCCCAUUGUAUUUAUGAAUAUCCAAACUGAGUCUCUGCUUACCAAGAUCUCUGGAGAGACAGCCUCCUCCACUGUGAAUGCUGGGUCACUGUCUGAUUUAUCAAAUCUUGCAAAUGCAAGCCUGUAUGGUUUUGAGGAUUACCAUGGGGUUGACCUUGGUGUUGUUAGAGCUGUCCGGCUCUGGUAUGCUCCUCUUGGAGGAGAGUUUGCAAUUGAGAUCAAAUUAAAAGAAGAAGAUUCAAAGCUUGGAUUUGCCAUUAGUCGUACCGAAGAGGGAUUUAUCUAUAUUUCAUCAGUCAUCGAUGAUGAUGAGAAUGCACCCUCCACAAGGUCAGGACUCAGCAUUCUCUACAAAGAAGCAACCAAUUCAUCUAGGCUACUAGUGGUCUCGCGAGUAUCAAACCAGAAGGUUCUUCCCUGGAUGGUUUCAUCAAAAGGAGCGAUUAGAUGUUUCGACACUGUUUCCCUUAGCCAGAAGCUGUCAUUGCACCGGCACGCCAAAGUCCCUAUACUCAUUCAUGUCUUCUUAUGGGACCAAUCUUUAGUUUCCACAUCAGGGAGCCCUUUCAGGUUAAGAACUACAUCCACACCUGCAAUGCCAUUGCCUCCCGAAGUUCGACUGGCACGCCAACCUAACGACAACCAAAUUCAGCCUGUGUCACCUGAGGUUUUACAUAAUCCUGUGUCACCUGAAGCUUUAGAUGACCAUAACUAUGGUGGAUUAAGUUCCGGGCAGGAGCUUAUAAUUGAUAGAGAUACAGCUGGGGAUGCCUCCUUCAGAUUCCAUGAUUUUGCACUUCCAAACAACUGGGUUUGAUAUCUCAUUUCUGAUUUAUGUCCGUAUCCUAGUUCUCUGUUUGGUUGUUGUACAAAUGUAUCAGUAGGCAUUGCUUAAUUUGCUUUUGUAUUGGGCCAAUCAAUCAUUCUAUAGUCUUAUAUACUAAUUUUAGAAUAAGGGGGUGUUUAUAUCAUAUAAUGUUUUAUUAUAGGGGGAUAUUAUAUUAAUAAAAUGAAAAAUCACCUUGAAGAUUAA